AUGUUCCCAGAUGUGUGUUCAUUGCAGAAUCACACAAUUGGCGACCACAUGAAUCUGAGUUCAAAAACAGAUAACGAUAAUUGUGCAUCAACGAAUGGAUUACUCCUACAAAACGGGAAUACGGCUGAAGAUGUUUCAUUUGUAUGUCAACAAUGCGAUGCGACGUUAUCGAGUUUCGCUGCAUUUGGUCAGCAUAUGCGAACGCAUUUAACUAGCGAGCAUGAGCAAAAAUGUCACUUAUGCAAUAUUAGCUUCAACAAUUCCCAGUUUCAUGCGAUCAAUAUAUUUCAGCGGAGACUAACGCAUAUGGUUGAACAUUUCACGGGAAACAGCACUCGAAUUAUAUGCAAAGAAUGCCCAUCUUCAGUCUUCUUUAGUGCUCACCAGAUACGUCAACAUCAUUUGGACACACAUUUGGAGAUUCUUUAUCGAUGUGCCAUUUGCCAGAAAAUUUUCCACACACAGAAUCGUUUCCAAGAUCACUUAAGCGUGCACAAUGAAGAAAUAAUGCGAUAUCAUUGUGUUGCUUGUAAUACACCAUUCGAUACACAUGACCUGUUAAAAGUUCAUGUUCAAUUGAUUCAUGACCGACAACAGUCAACACAGCAACUUCAGUGCCUUUCCGUCGCAACGGUCACCUCAACUACUGAAAUUGUCACACAACAGAGCACUGAAGCAACUCAUACGCCACCAGCUACCAGUGAAUGUCGCUCAGUGAAAUGUUCUGUAUGUGAUAUCCGAUUCGAGAGCGAGGACGAUCUUGAUUUUCAUCGACUUAAUGUUCACUGCAAGAUACCUCGAGCAGACCGAUGUGCUGAAUGUCAGGUGGAAAUUACGUCGAUUGCACAGUUCCUUGAACACAUUCGUUUGCAUACAAUCAACGAACAAAACGUUACAUGUGUGGUUUGUCGGCAGGCGUUAAGGAAUGAAGCCCAGAUACACUCACAUGCUAAUUUUCAUUUAGCUGAUACGGCCAUUCCGAGCAGAACUUCAUCAAUAUUAAUGAAAAACGAAUCCGAUAAUGAAUCACGUUGCACUGUUUGUAAUCAGGUAUUAUUGUUAUUCUGCUCAUUCGAGUAUUCACUGAAAUUUAAGGUAUUCUCAUCAAGCGAAGCAUUACGACUUCACGCCAGUGAACAUUCCAAGAAUGCAGAUUGUCCAUAUUGUGCGAAAGCAUUUUCAUCUUUGCAAGCACUUAUGAAUCACGUAAGUACAGCGCACUCAGAUGCACGUCCCAUAUUCACAUGUCAGUCGUGCCACCAUGCAUUUCAUUUCGUCACUGAAUUCCAACAACACAAAUGCAUACGCACACGAUACGACACUCCACCUGCUAUCUUCCUCACAGAACGAAUCCUCAGCACAUUCCGAGACGCUUAUUCGCCUCUAGGACAACACACCAUCACAAAUGCAACUUCGCCUUCCUAUCAAUGCCCAUUUUGUCCCAAGAUGUUCGGAUCUGAAAGUGCGCUUCAAGGGCAUUCACAUGUUCAUUCGUCGAAAGCAUAUCGGUGCGAUCUGUGCACGUUGUCGUUUUCAUCAAGUGCUCGAUUGGAAACGCAUCGACGCAAACAUUUCUCCGAAAAGGAUUUCACUUGUCAAAUCUGUGACCUAAAAUUUCACAGUCGAGAUGACCUCAAGGCGCAUAUGCGAAUGCACGGUGGAAAUCUUUCGAAUCCAAAGGCAGUUCUCCCAGUUACCAUGUGA